AUGGAUGAGGUGACUGCUGGUGCCUUGGAAAUCUGGAGAACUCUGCCGGAGAAAAUCAGGCAAGAUCCGAGUUUAGCCAGUUUUCGACAGGAGCAUGAGAGACUGGGACUUGGAGAUGUUUGCGAUGAAAUUGAUCCGCUUCCCAAUGAUGAUAAUCCAAACGAAGAAGAGGAAGAUAGGUUGGAAAAUGAAAAUUCUGGUAGGAAGAUGGAUUACCUUUCCAUAAAUGUAGCAACUGUUGCGUCUAGGCCAAAUAAUGGGCAAAAAGCACAAUUUUCUGCACCCGCAAAUAGAGAUGCUUCUACUGUUGAAGGAGAUUUGGAUCAAGACACAGAUGAAGUUACUGGUCACAGAAAGCUGAAACCUUGGAUAAAAUCUUUAAAAAUAGGCCUAUUACUGGGAUGUUGGUUAUUGUUCACCGCAAUACUGAUGACGAAAAAUGAAAGAGUUGAAACUCUUAAGCAAAUAUCAAUUCCAGUAGGAAAAGUUCGCAGUUUCAUUUUGCCAGAGAGAUUGAAUGGUGCCAGAUUACAAAUAGAACUAUCAGGAGCAUUUUUACCUGAGCAUUAUGGAAAUUUGUCGAUUAAUUAUAUUGAACUAUGGUUGGAAAUUUUGGAGGUUUCUCAAAGUGUGGAUCCUGCAAAUGCAUCUCACUUGAAAAAGCACGAAGUUCUAUACAUACAUAACAUUUCCGAUGCGUCUUUCUGGCGCCUGCCAAUAGUCUCCGAAGAUCUGUUCGAUAUUGUGCCAGAACUUACCAGAAGGCGCGUCUUCACUUUGGGAAGUUACCCGUCCAGGAAGAUCCCAGACAGCGUCGCCCGUGUUCGAAUGCGCACCAAUGCCGAGGCCAAUUUUCCUCUCAGCAUCGGAUACGAUGUCAGCCCCAUCGACAUGGAUGAUGGAGUUAUUUACGCCGCUGUUGUUCUUUUGGGGCUAUAUAUUUUGAUUGUGUUUGAGAUUGUUCAUCGUACAUUUGCUGCAAUUUUGGCAUCAACAAUGAGCGUUGCUAUUUUAGCAGCAUUGAAUGAAAGGCCAACAAUGUCGGAGUUGAUUUCUUGGAUUGAUGUAGAAACCCUUCUUUUGCUUUUCUCAAUGAUGGUUUUGGUCGCAAUCUUCUCAGAAACCGGUAUUUUUGACUUUUUGGCAGUUUACGCAUACAAGAUCACAUCUGGAAGAAUAUGGCCAUUGAUUAACUGUUUAUGUCUCUUCACGGCGAUAAUGAGUUCUUUCUUGGAUAAUGUCACAACCGUCCUGCUUAUGACACCAGUUACAAUAAGGUUAUGUGAAGUCAUGGAACUAAAUCCGGUACCCAUCUUGAUGUCCAUGAUAAUUUACUCAAAUAUUGGCGGAGCUUUGACACCAGUUGGCGAUCCUCCAAAUGUUAUUAUCGCUUCUAACAGUCACAUUUCACAGAACGGCGUUAACUUUACUACUUUCACCAUGCACAUGGCAAUCGGAGUGUUACUAGUUAUGGUUCAAACGUAUUUCCAGUUAAGAUUGAAAUUUAGAAACAUCAACAAUUUGAGAUUUUCUGAACCUCACGAUGUUCAAG